ACAAAAAAAAAUUUCAUUCGACCAAAAUUCAUUCGACACAUUCGACAAACUUUCUUUCGACAAUGUUUCAUUUGAUAAUUUUAUAUUUGACAAAAUUUAAUUCGAAAAAAUAGUAUUCAAAGCGCAAAACAUUUUAUUCGACUAAAUUUAUUUCGAUGAAAUAUCAAUUCAUUCGGCAAAAUUUCAUUUUACUACAAAAUUUUGUUCGACAAAUCCUCACGCAGCUGGGCCACCGAUCGCGAUAAUACCGGCCGAUAGUAUAUAUAGUACUAGCGCAGCUCAGCCGCGGGAUAGCUAGUGUACGCCGUAGACUAGACCGGGACGUCGGAUCGGACGGGACGCGUCAGGGAGCUAGUAGCAGGCCAGUAGGGAGCUGGAGCCGCCGCGCCGGAAGCCUCUAAAGAGAGUCUGUGGAGAUCACUUAUCCAAUGUACAAGGUUAUAAUAUAACCUUGUCCUGAGUUGGUAACCCCUGUGUCGUGAAAUAAGGAAAUUUUUGAUUGCUGAAGGCUGAAGGCAGCUGUUCAUUUUGGAGUUUCAGAAUUGAUACAUCACAUCUGGCCAAUAUGUUUUUUCUUCAAAGACAUUUUGUGUACAUUUGCGCACUGAAUUUAAUUGCAUGGAGUGUAGGCAUGCCACCUCGGAGAGCACAGGAUAGAUCUGCCAAUGACUUAACUCAGUUUGUGAACAGUUUGAGAGGAUUUGUUGGAGAAGUGUCUGGUAUGUUAUCCCGUCCUGAGCAUGCUGGGUUCGCUCAUCUUUCUAUGACUGGCUUUGGCUUUUUAGAUAGCUUGAAUAUAAUGAGCAACCAACUGUUAAUAUUUUUGAAUGACCAUGAGGCUGCUCAAAUAACGAACAUACAAGAAGCUUUGAGAGCACUUGUAAAUUUGCUUGAAAUGGCUGGAAAUGAUUAUGGAGAUUUGGAUGUGAUUCAAAUGGAUCAUACUGCUAAUCAUGACCUUAUGAUUAUUCCAAGGCCUGUUGGUCGACAGAGAAUCCCUGUUAGUCUGGCGCAGAUAGAAAUGUUACAUGGAAUGGGAUUCACAUGGGUUCAGAUGGCAGAUGUGUUAGGAGUUUCUGUCAGAACUCUCAGGAACAGAAGACACGAGUUCAACAUGCCUUUUGGCAAUGCAAUAUAUAACAAUAUGACUGACCAUGAAAUAAACAACACAAUAACAAACAUCCUAACAAUAUCACCCGGAGCAGGUCAGUCAAUGAUUUUAGGAGCUCUCCGGCACAGAGGACUGCACCUGCCACGCCACAGGGUUCGUGAUAGCAUAUUACGAGUCAAUCCAGUUGCAACUGCUCUACGUCGUCGUUACCAUAUUAGCAGAAGGAGAUACAAUGUUGGUCAGCCUAAUGCUUUAUGGCAUGUGGAUGGAAAUCACAAGCUCAUUCUAUGGCGUUUAGUCAUCCAUGGAGGAAUAGAUGGAUUUUCAAGAACAGUUGUUUUUCUGCAAUGUGUAAAUAAUAAUAGAGCAGACACCGUUUUACAUGGCUUUAUAAGUGGUAUACGUUUGUUUGGUCUACCUCAACGGCUUAGAGUGGACUAUGGAACUGAGAACUUUGCCAUAGCAAGAUAUAUGCUGGAGGAGAGGGGAUUGGGUAGGAGUAGUGUAAUCACAGGUAGAUCUGUCCACAAUCAACGUAUCGAAAGACUCUGGAGAGAUGUAAAUUAUGCAGUGCUUAGUGGAUUUAGACGUACCUUUUUUUACAUGGAAAACAGUGGUCUCUUGAAUCGGGAUUCGGAAUUGCAUAUUUUUGCAUUACAUUUUGUGUAUAUUCCAAGAAUUAACCGUGCCUUACAACAUUUUGUGGAAGCCUGGAACAAUCACAGACUACGAACAGCAGGUCAAUCCCCUCUACAGUUGUUUUAUUCUAGUGUGCUUGUACAAGAUGUUAACAUUGACAAUGGUAAUUUAGAAAUGUAUGGUGUUGAUGAAGCAGGAGUACCAGGGGAAAUGCAAACAAAUAAUCAUGUAUGUGUUCCUGCAGUAAAUUUAAACAUAAGUGAAGCCAAUAUGAAUCAUUUAAAUACAAAUGUUGAUGUCCUUGCAAAUGACAACAACAAUGGGAUUAAUAUUUUUUUGGAUGUUAUAGAUUUCCUCAGUACUCUCCAUUAAAUUAUCCCCUUGCAGACAAACACACCAAGGUAAACGUAUGUACCUAUUGUUAUGAAAAUUGUUUAUAAUUAGUUUGCAAAAAGAUUUUUUGUCAUUUCUUAGCCAUAAUGUGUUGUUACUAUAGCAAUGCCCUUUCUCAUAAGUACUGUUGAAAAAUGUGUCUUGCACAUCUACACCUCCAACCAAACAUCUAUGCCAAAUAUCAUGAGAAUUGCUCAAAAAUUGAGGAAGUAGUUUGCUCCUCAAGGUUUUCUCCCAUUUUAAUCCAUACUGUAUGCUGUUACCAUGGCAACACACCUGCUACUGGGUCAAUCCAUACCAAUUCACCAACCCCCCAAAAAAUAAAUAAAGUAAAUAAACCCUACUCCAUCAACUGCUUUCUCAGAAUGUAUUCAAAUUUGGUACACAUCAAAUUAAACAAUUUGUCAAGCCUGUAUCAACAACAAAAAUAGUGAAAGCCAUCCAUCGGUUCUUGCGCUACGGCCCACCCUCUUUUUUUGUUUUAACCAAAAUAGGUAUGGCUACCAAUUUUCCAACGGCCAUUGUAUACUAAUCCUGUGUUUUGAAAAUUCACUGUUGCCCCAUAUAUUAAUAAUUGUGUUACUUUCUAGUUUCAAGUGCAGCUUUCUAAUCAAUGGGCGUGUAAGGUUUACAUUAAAAAAAAUAUUGUCCAAUUAAUAGGCCUACAUAUUUUUGUAUUGGCUUAUGAAUGAAGAUCAACAGAAAGCAAACGUAAUGUUUUUUUUUUCUGUACUUAUACUCUAUUGAAUCAUCAGCGACUCAUUUCCACAGUUACAUUUUCUUAUUUAAGAUAGUUAUUAUGAAUAUUAUUGUCUACAAAAAGUUACAUUAUGUUAUUUUUCUUAUGUUGAUUAUUGUUUAUUACCAUUGAAUAUAAAUAAAAAUAUAUAUAUCUAUGGCAAUUAUUUUUCCUGUACAUGUAUGUUAUAAAUGUAUGAAAAUAAUUUGUAUUACUUGUGUUCUGUUGGAAAAUAAAUUGAAUUUAAAUUUGUAAUUUCAAAUUGUAGAAGAAUAGAUUGAACAUUCAGACUUGUAAAUGCUAUACUUAAUGCAAAUUCAUGUAGUAUUACAUGGGGCAACAAUGACAUUUUCAAUCAAAGUAUGGAUGCAUUUGAGAUGAUCUAAAAUAUGAACAAAGAAAAUAAUUUUUAAACUUGGUGCAACAGUAUUGUCAUUCUCUACAUAAAUUGUCAAGAAUAUUAAUUACACAAGUUAGGAAGGUGUUAUAUUGUAUGUUAGUGCAAGCUUAACAAAUGCAACUUUCUUUUGACAUACUGUACAGUCCCAUUUAUUUGAUCACUUUGUAUUAUUAUAAUGUAGUGAGGUUUGGGGCUGUGAACAAUCUAUGAAAUCUAUGUACUUGUAGUUGAAGUUUACAAUCAAGUAAGUUUUGAUUAAUACAGGUUUUAAUAAGGAUGUGGAAUUGUCAUCUAUAGGCUGAUGGGUUUAUUGCAUAAUGGAUUCUGAGAAAAAUGAAAUGGGCUUUUUAACAUUUUUAGCCAGGAAUGGAGAGUUACUACCACAUGGUGUAAUCAUAUGUGUUACAAUUAGGUAUACAAUUUUUAAGGAUAUGAAAAUUUUAGAGGUGUUUCCAAGUUAUGUUCCUUGAGUAAGUUAUUGUAAUGCAAAUGCAAGUAUUUUCAUGAAGAAAUGCUCUGUUUUUGUCCAGAUAUCAGAGAAUCUGAGAUUAAUGAUUAUAAUCUUUGUGUCCUUUUUUCCCCCCAUUUUUAAGGAAAUAUUGUACCUGUCAGAUACAUGUACUUUGGUCUCAGAUAUGCCCAAUGCAUUACACAUUUCUCUUCUCCAACAGAUGCCGGCCAUGUAAGAAAGCUAGCCGAAUUUGUCAAAAUGAUUGUUACAAUUCACCUCAAAACCAAAGAAAGUAGAAUUGACUUUUUUUUUCAUUGGCAUCAGAAUUUGGAAUUCGGGGCGCAAUUUGCUUGUCCCGUGUGCCGUUAUCCAUAGAUGCACCACGCUUAUUCUGAGAUCUCUAAUUUGACAAUGGUAACUUGAUCUUAUGAAAUCCUUGGUACAAAGAAUUUUUUGUAGUGAAUGAACAAUAUGAGGAAACCAAAAACAUUUAAUUUGAAACGGUUUUAUCAGAACUUUGUACCAUAUUGAUUUUCCAAUACACGUGGGUGGGGCACAAGGUGUGACAUUUCAGAUGUAAAAAAAAAUGACACCUCGUAGCAUCUUGACACAUUUUGUAAUGUUCUUUUAAGGAUGAAAUUGUAUAAAGGAAUUUGAGAUAUUUAGCCUACAAACAAUAAAUGUAUAGCACAUUUAAUGUUGAGUUUAUUAUGCUGAAAUGUAUUUUUAAAUACAGUAUCAUUAUGCUACAUGGACAUUGCCCCAACUUCAUGGAAUGUACAUGUGAACAUAUAUUUGAAGCUACAUGUAUAUGUUUCUUGCCAUGUAAAUAUGCAUCAUUGAAUGUUUCAUGUUUGGUCUACAGGGUUUCAAUAAAAUCAAUCAAUAUUAAGCCGA